UCGCCCCACGGGGCGCCGGCUGCGGGCUUGGGCCCCGAGCGCCCGGCCCACUGGAUGCCGGCCAAGCGAGGGACUGCACGUUGAGUCACACUUCCCGCCCGGGACGGCAGGACUCAGCACAUCCCUCAGUGCGUCCUUCCUUCUGUCUUUCCGUCUGUCCAGGGCGCGGUGGCCGGGCCUCGCUGCCCACUGGACGGCGGGAUCCCCCCCACCCCCUCAGCCCCAGGUUCGUGUGUCCGGGAACCAAGGAUGGAGAGCUGGCGGGGCCUCUUCUGUCUCGCGUGCCUGUGUUUGCUGACGGCCGCGCGAGGUCAAGGCGACUUUGAUUUGGCUGACGCCCUCGAUGACCCUGAGCCCACCAAGAAGCCAAGCUCAGGUAUCUACCCAAAGCCGAAGCCCCCGUACCCACCACGGCCUGCGAGUCCCGACCACCACGGGGGAGGUAUCUACCCACCGCUGAAGCCGCCGCCUCGCCCGCAGCCUGGCACUUACGACAACAGCGGAGGUUUCCUGAGUGACAAGGACCUCGAUGACGGCCGGUACCCGCCCCGGCCCAGGCAGCCCGCAGGAGGAGGAGGCGGUGGCGGCUACUACCCACCUCACGACGGCUACGGAGACACACACGGAGGAGGGAGAUACAGACCCCGCUCCCGUGGGAGUAAUUAUGGUGGAGACGGCUCUUCCACAUACGGGAACCCUCAAGGUAACAUGGUAGCGAAAAUCGUGUCUCCUAUCGUGUCCGUGGUGGUGGUCACGCUGGUGGGGGCAGCGGCCAGCUACUUCCGGCAGAACCGGGGGAGGAAUUGUUUCAGGACAAAUGAACCAGAGACCGUCUGAGGUCUUCGAGACCCAUGGGUCGCUUUGGGGACAUCCCUGUGCAGACAAGAACCCCGAUCGUCGCUCCCGUGGCAAGUUCCUUUCAUUCUCGGUGUUACUCGCUGCCCUCAGAGUUUUCUGUCCUGUUUGAAACAGUUGUGCUGCCUAACGAAAAAAAAAAUCCCUGAUUCCUUGGACAUAUUGAUGAAGAGACGUUAGUCCACUGGACCUUGGGUCAUGAAAAGGUUCCUUGCUCUGUUGGUUCCAUCAUGAAUCCGGACAGAGAGGUGCUGACGCUGGUCUGAGCACCCAGACAAUCUCAUGGUGCAACCACAGGCAAGGGUGGGACCCCCUUGUCAUUUUCACAAAGCUUGAUGUCAACAGAAUGGCUGGGGGUCUGCUCCUAAAAGAUUGAGCAUUCUGCUGGGAUUUCCAAUGAGUUCGGGUGAGAAGCUUGGCCAGUGGUAAGUUCUUCAAGUUACGUCAGAACUCCGGGUGCGUUCAGCACGGCCGGUGAGGCGGGAGCCAACGGUUUCCGACACUAACGGCAGAAUCUGAAUGUCUCUUGGUGUUCCCACGUGCUCGCACAGAAAAACUGUUAUUUCCUGCACAAGAUGAGGCUGGGUUUUUCUGGAAUUUUAAGUGCAAAAUCGCUGAUGUGGAAACUGUCUUGGGAAGGCGGGCUUGGGGUACUUUUUCCUGCGAAAUCAUAUAGUUUCAAUGUAUUUAUUUUUUUGGAGGCCGUGGGGAGAGAGCGAUGUGCAGGCGUUGACCCUUUCCUAUAAGUUUUGGUCUUUGCUCCUCUGUGGAUACCGGUUGUCAAGGAGAGGGUGGUUCGUUCCUUGGCACACACUUUCCUUUUUACUCAUUUCCUCAAACAUCUAAAAAGUAUACCAGCUUUUUGCUUCUGUUUAAGUCACACUUUCGGGGAGAGGAUAAAUGCAUGGUUUGGGCAGAUGAGUGUCAUUUGAUUCAACUCAGGUUCAUGCUAAUAAAACUCUUAGACUUUCAGUAUCAGAACCAAAAAGGAAGACGUUCCUUGGGGUCUGGAAGCCUUAAAGAGGAUGCACGGAAACCCCAGGGAUUGCACGCCUUGUGGGCUGCGAGCUAGGUCUCUGGAGAAAAGAGCUGGAAGCAGUAAGUACUUGAAAGAACUCCCCCCAAAUCAGAAAGAACCUAAGAGUAAUCGUCUCAAUGAGACGUCUCGGAACGGCGUGCCUCCCGUCCUGGAUUCACGCAGAUUGGAGGCACUUGAGGAAGGCCGGUGGUUCCCUGCUUCGAAGCGGACCUGCUACCGCGGUUCCCAACCCUUGUCAAGCCUUCUCGUGCGUGAGGCUUCCAAACUCCCCGUUUCCCGUGCGCAAGUUUCAGCGGGUGUGUAAGUUCACUCUUGCUAAAAAGUGUGUGUGUCCGUGUGUGUAUGCACACCGCACACAUGGAGUCACACACACGUACGCCUACACGGGAUUCCAGCAUCUUUAAAGGUAACUCCGUGCAUUGCCUGUAAUGGUCACAGACAACUUUUCGUCAUUUAAAAUACACGUAGGGGAAAAAAAAAUCGGCUUUGGUGGCUGUGUUCUGUUUUCUAUCUCCGGCACGUGAAACUGUGGGACGGGACUGACAGGGUCUUUUAAAAACCACGGUGCUACGUCGCUUGGUGUGCACCCGAGAAAUCUCUUUCUUAGCGCCGUUGUGCGUCCCUUGGGUGAUGUUGCUAAGGUGGUCCAGGCCCGGUUCCAACGGACACAGAGGGUGUUUGAGAGGCAGCAGGGCAUCUGUCACCAGCCAAAGGAAGAAAUGUUCUCCUCUGUGCCGUGCAGAACAGGAUGGGGUAUGAACGUACAAAGAAAAUCUAGUUAGGGGGGCAGGGUGGACGUGAGCCCGAUGACCAGAGGUAAGAGCGGUUAGCGUUCAACCCAGUUGAAAUACGAGUACGUGAAUAAUGACCCCUUCGGAAGCCUCUCUUUAAGGCGUCGCCAGGACCUCCUGGGGGGCAUUCUUCCCAAGCUGCAAAAAGAGAAACCUCAUCAUUAGCUGCAGUCUCCCUUGCUGUUGAAAGAGAGCACUGUGGACGGUGCUUGGCACUUGCCGCCUCCUCCUGGGAGUCUGGAUGUGUCUGGGGGUCAGUGUGUGGAUAUCCUCAUGUUCCUACAGACACUUAAAAAGAACACCCUUAACUCUCCAACACUGCUGGUGGGGAUGCAAAUUGGUGCAGCCACUAUGGAGAAUGGUGUGGCGUUGCCUUAAAAAACUGAAAAUAGAGCUACUGAAUGAUCCAGCAAUCCCACCCCUGGGCAUGUAUCUGGAGAAAGCAGUAAUUCAAAAAGAUACAUGCACCCCAAUGCUCAUAGCAGCACUAUUUACAGUAGCCAAGACAUGGAAACAGCCUAAACGUUCAUCCACAGAUGACUGGAUAAAGAAGCUGUGGUACAUUUAUACAAUGGAAUGCUACGCAGCCAUGAAAAAGAAUAGAAUAAUGCCAUUUGCAGCCACAUGGAUGGACCUAGAGAUCAUCAGUCUAAGUGAAGUAAUCCAGAAAGAGAAAGAAAAAUGCCAUAUGAUAUCACUUAUACGUGGAAUCUAAAAACUGACACAAAUGAAUCUGUAUACAAAACACAAACAGAUUCACAGACACAGAAAAGAAAUGUCUGGUUACCAGAGGGGAAAGGUAGUGGGGAGGAAUAAAUUGGGAGGUUGGGAUUUUCAGAUAUAAUCUACUAUAUACAAAAUAGAUUUUAAAAAGGGACCUACUGUGGAGCACAGGGAACUAUAUUCAAUGCCUUGUAAUAACUUGUAACAGAAAAAAGUCUGAAAAGGAAUACCUAUGUGUAUUCUUUCAGGGUAAUGGUUUAAAACCAGUAGUUCCUUCUGACAAGUACUGUGUGACCUCCCUUACAUGUGGCACCUAAAACAGACAAACUCAUAAAAACACAGAGGAGCUCGGUGGUGGUUACCAGGGGCUGGUGCGGAGCGGGAAACGGGGAGAUAUUGGUCAAAGGGUGCAAACUUCCGGCUGUAGGAUGGACAAGUUCUGAGAGAUCUAAUUACAGCAUGGUGAUGGCCGUUAGCCACGCUGGACUGCAAGUGUGGAACUUGCUAAGACAGGAGGUUUUCCGUAUGCUCCCCGCGGAAACAAAGGGUAGAUUAUGGGACGGGAUGGAGGUGUUGGCUAACAAUCUGAUGGUAACAUGUUGCAGUGUAUAUACGUAUCAGAUCACCACAGUGUACGCCUUAAACUUACACAAUGUUGCAUGUCCAUAAUAUCUCAAUAAAGCUGCGAAAAAUA